GGACUUCAAGAAAGGAAAACAUUCAAUAAGAUAGUAUUUUUUUUUUUACGUCGAUGUACACUUUACUUACUGAAAAGUAGGUUUGUGUGUGUGGGGGGGGGGGCUGAAAUCGUCCCCAUCGCCCUCAUGAUGAAGCUUGGACCUCGGACAACAUCGCAGUCAUUUGCACUUUAAUAGUUGGCCUUUGAUUUUAGCCGACUUGAGGUGACACCCGUGCACCCAACCCUUCUAUUAUGGCAAGGAGCUUCAGCUCCUUGGUUAUGGGAACAAGUGGAAAGACGACCAAUCGCAGCGGGCGAUCCACGCUACGUCACUACCUUACUACUUUAGCGAGCGUACAUAUAUACGCGUACGGUACGACGUGACGUACGGUACGACCCGAUAUCGAUCAGCUGUUAGAGUGCAGUGAUCAUUUGGAGAAGCACCAGCGACAGAGCAGUACAUCGCUUUAACUAGGAAUUGAGUGACUUGGAUAUUUCAUGGAAUAUUUCAAUAGUUAAAUUAAACAGAUCCGAGACACGUAAGGCCGAGGUACCAGUUCGAGCUAGCUGACAACUCAAAAACUACGGCCAUCAAUUCUGGGACUGAUUCCAAAUUUAACUUUCGACAGAGACAGUGUGCAUUACUCUUCUAUUCUAAUUUUCUAUCGACUAUCGUGGAAAAGUCCAACUCCAAAAAGUUUAUGUCAGAGAUCGACGACGCCUAACAUUGAUUUACAAAAAUUGUUUUCAUUAAUGUUUGGAUUACAAAGAAGACACUUCUCAUUCCACAUGUCGAAGUCUCGAUGGUGCUAGCUGGUUUUUCAAAGGAAUACCGGGACGUUGGCUCUUUACACGACCAAGUAGGACAGAACGAGGAAGUUGCCGCAAUGCCACCGAAUGUUCAACCCAGAGCUUCGGCUACACACCCACCGAGCGCACCGAGUAGUUUAGUAAUGCGGGCCGAUUCGGAUGAAGAUCUUAUUCAGUGUGAUACCAAACUCAAAUGUGUUCUUGUUGGGGAUGGGGCAGUUGGAAAGACAAGUCUUGUUGUGAGCUACACAACAAAUGGGUAUCCAGUACAGUAUGUUCCUACAGCAUUUGAUAACUAUUCAGUUGUCAUAAGAGUUGAUGAAAAACCAAUCAAACUUCAAAUAUGUGAUACUGCUGGGCAGGAUGACUUUGAUUCUCUGAGGCCCCUGUGCUAUCCUCAAACAGACGUCUUCCUGCUGUGCUUCAGCGUUGUCUCACCCACCUCAUUCCAUAACGUCUUGGAGAAAUGGCUACCAGAGCUCAGACGUCACAACCCAAAGACUCCUAUCCUGCUGAUUGGAACACAGUGUGAUCUCCGUACAGAUGUUAACAUUCUCAUAGACCUUUCAAAACAUCAGGAACGUCCCAUCUGUGAAGAGGAGGCAUCUAUGCGCGCAAGUCGUAUCAAUGCUGUGGGUUAUAUUGAAUGCUCUGCACUUACCCAGCACAAUCUCAAGGAAGUUUUUGAUGCUGUAAUAUUAACUGGACUAGAGUACACUAAACCACCUAAAUCAUCAAAAAGCCUGAGACGGAGAUUGAGUCGAAAAGAAAAAAUCCCACCUCCACCCAAGAGAGCACAGGACACAAAACCUAAAAAGAAAGGAACGAUCUGGAAAAAGCUCUGUUGUAUCCCAACAUGAGACCUGUUGUGAGUGUCCUGUUUCAAUGGAACAUUCAAGACUGUUCAUUACAGAAAAACGAACAUGCCAAAGCCGUAACUCAUUCUGCAAUUGUUAAUGUGAAUGUUUGAUGCUAAUUUAAUAUAUUUGUCAUCAUGCUGUGCAGAUGGAUACGCGGCCGAUUUUCUUUAUUGAUGUUGCAAUAUGUAAAGCACUAAAAUUGUGUUUUAAUAACAGAAAUGUAGCAAAGUACAGUUGUUUGCUUCCCCUGCUGUAUGCCUCUGUGGUUAGUCCAAAACAUUUUGUUGUAAAUGACUGCUGCUUGUUCAUCAGUACCUGGGAAAAUCUGGUUCUGUCUCAACAUUGGUAUGAUUUUGAAAAACUUGUGAGACCACAACAAAGAGUACUAUUACUACAUGUUUUCAUGAAUUAAAUGGUCUAAGUUUUUAUUGUUUUGGCUUUCUCUAUAUAUGUUUCGGCAAGAAUGCCAUGUUCUUUUUAAUAUCAUCAGUUUUACUGAAAUAAUUACUCAUACAUGUACUCUAUAUUUUAAGUUGCCUUUACAGUCUGAUUUUGAUGGUCUACGGCCCUGUUCCAUAAAGAAAUGUAAUCAAUAUUCUAGCUUUUUUCCCAUGGUUUUCAUUGACAUAAAAUUACUCAAAUUAAUUAUUUUUUUUACAGGGAACCAGAGCACCACAUACAUGUAUAUGCUCAAACAUCAAUACAAACAAUUACUGUAAUUUUUAAAAUCAAACUGUAGCAACUGGUGAGAAACUAUAUGAUGUUAAUAAUAAUCUGAAUUCCUAAUUCAGGAAACACUGUCACACUGUUCACACAUGUAUUUGUUUUUUUUUAUUUUAAUUGAUAUGUUACGUUUCUUGCUCUGUUGUAUAUAUUUAAGAGAUUAUUUGAAAUUAUAUAUCUUUAUAAAGAGGACCACAUGUUUGCAUAAAUCAUCUUAAAUAAAAAAUAAAAAAACAAUUCAGAUGCUCAGAUUGAGUAAUACACUGUAUGUUAUUGCUUUCAAAUAUUAGUGUAACUGAGCAAACUUCUGCGUCAUGGCAUUGAUGUUACAUGUACAUGUACUUCUAGUCAAAUGAGGAAUUUUACUAGUAACAUUAGUAUGUACUUCCUAAUAUAUAGAAAAUUUUGAUAUGCUUUUGAUAUGAGGUAAAUACCAGUGAAGCUUCAACAGUGAAUUGAAUUAUAUAAUACCAAAAAAUAUUAAGUGUAAUAUACCAAAAUUUUAAUUAUCAAGUUUAUAAUACCAUAAUGUGGAGCGUUGUGGCCCAGUGGAUAAGUCUCCGGACUUUGAAACAGAGGGUCGUGGGUUCGAAUCCCAGCCAUGGCGUAAUUUCCUUCAGCAAGAAAUUUAUCCACACUGUGCUGCACUCAACCCAGGUGAGGUGAAUGGGUACCUGGCAGGAAUUUAUUCCUUGAAAUGCGUGUGCGCUGUAUUCUUAGUAAUUACGGCUGCCAAGCUACAGCUGGGGUAAUAAUAUCCAAGUCCUUUGGAAGCGCAUAGAGACAUUAUUCAUAAUUGUGAUAUGCGCUAUACAAGAACGGUUUAUUAUUAUUAUUAUUAUUAUAAUUUUUUUCCCCAUUUGGCACAAUCAGAAUAACUAAACUUGGAUUAUGAAAUAAUCAGUCUGUAAUGAUUUCAAUUUUUGUUCUUCAUCAUCUACAUAUAUGUAAAAUUGUCCACCACCAUAAAGUUUCAAGGAUGGUUGUUCAUUUUGGUGUUGCUAUUCGAGUGUAGUUUGAUUUUUAAACCGAUUGAAUUAAGAUCUUCAAUACACUUAUUUUGAGCUCAAAUUAGGAUUUAAUCACUUCCCAUGCUCUCAGAUAUUCAGUUAAAUCAUAAAAUUUCUCCGGGCAAGAUAUUGGUGAUGAGCUCAUUCCUUCUACAAUCAUUCAAACCAGCACACAAGGUUACACAACAAUCUUUCCUUUAUUUCUCUAGUGAUUGUAGACAAUAGCCCCCCCCCCCCUACCUGGAUGGGGGCAUUGUUCACAUUGUUGGUAUUUCAACAUCAAACUAUGGAGGCUUGAGGUUUUCCUUUUUCCAUAGCCACCCACCAUUUAUAGGUUUUAUGCAUUUGUAGACCACCCAGAUAAAACAUAGAGCUCAUGGUUAAAACAAAAAAUGAACUUCUGAAUUAGGAACUAGGAAAAGAAAAAAUAUCUGAAAUUAUCCUAUCUGUCUCUCCUUUCCAAAGAAACUUGAUCCCAUAUUUCCUGUCACAUUUUGAUAAAUAUACUUUGAGAUUAAGUUUGUUUGAACCAGUGACAGUGAGUAAUAGUUUUUGCACAAUAGUAAAUAAGGAACAUGGCAUAUACUUUACAUGCAUGUUCUCUCCCCCUCCCUAACAGGACUUCUGAAGGUUGAUGUUGGUAUCAUUGUUCUGUUAAGACUACAGAGCGUUUUUAUUGACUAUCAAAUAAAACUGAAUUGGAUUUAUUGCA